UGACUUGUUAUGCAUCGAUACAUCACUUAGACCAGGUACUGGGUGCAAUUGCAGCAUUUUGUUAACCCAUGCAUAAAUCUAUAAGCUUUAUGUUCCUUAUUUUUGUAUUGCAUGGCAAGUACUGCAUUUGAGUGAUUGCAUAUUUAUGCGAUUAUUACUGUUCACGGCUGGUAAUUUGUUGCAUAUGAUCAUUUGUCCUAGAGUAUCUUUUCAGCUCUCUAUCUUGUAUUGUCUUUCCCCGUGCUUUAAAAGGAUAUAAAAGUUAAGCAAAUUUUCACCUGGGAUGCAGUUUAAAUGCAUUGGAUCUGGAUAAAGUGUUGUAUCAUUUCUGUGCCUGCAUGAACUUUCUUUAAUUUUGCAGGUUAUUGAGAGAGAUAUGUCGUUGAAAAUUCAUCGAGUAGAUUGUAAAUAUGAUGUGGUUGCUGAUAAUACAACAGCAACGAAAGAGGAGGUGUCUGUACUGCGAGGUGAUAUGACAUCGAUUAGUUUAGAAAUCGAGGAUGUUACUCGUACAAUUCAGAUGAUGGAUUCUAGGAUUAACAGGAUGGAAGUGAAUCAGGACGAACAGAACACUGGAGUGUGCUACUUGCUAGGCGUGAACUAUGCAAGGGAGCUUGAAAAGAGUAAAAGCAUGGAGCAAAUUGAGCCUUGCCAACCUGUUGUUUCUCCCCCUCCUAGUGCGAUUGCAGGUUGGAUGUCAACUGCUAACCAGUCUAUGCCUCAUGCUGCUGUUGCUGCAGCUCCUCAUGGCCUUGUUCAGGUAAAUUGUGAGGCCAAUAUUCUUAUUGUGCUUAUUUGUGGAAAAAUUCUGCAGUUGCUUACAUCUGAGGAAGGGACAAAACUUCAGCUAGAAAUAGCCGUAUCAGCUUCUGAUAUUAAAGAAAAGUACAAGGACAAAUGCAAACGAGUGUCAAAAGAGGAACAAGUUUUGAGAUUAGAUUUGUCAAAUAAGUUUCAAGAUGUUUUCUGAUAUAUUGUAAAGCUCCUGCCCAGAUACGAGUAUUUUGUGAUCUGGAGA